AUGGCGGACAACGGAAAGCAGCGAAGCGGUCUAAAAGACUUCCUGGCAUCGAUCGCAACGAUAAAGGGCGAUUUGAGCAACAUCACCGCCCCUCCAUUCGUACUCGCCGAUAAAUCAACCACGGAGUUUCCAAGAUACUGGAUCGAGCACCCCGAGCUGUUCUGCGCUCCGGCGCACGAGCAAGACCCAGCUAAGCGGAUCCUGGCCGUACUCAAAUGGUUUCUGUCCUCUCUCAAGAGUCAACAAUACGCGGGUCGCGAUCCCGGCGAGGGCAUCAAGAAACCGCUAAAUGCCUUCCUGGGUGAAGUCUUCAUCGGCGAUUGUGGCCCCGAGGGCGAUGAGACUCGACUCGUGUCUGAGCAAGUUAGCCACCAUCCACCCGUCACGGCAUGCUACCUCUGGAAUGAAACGCAUGGAAUUCGUGCCGAGGGCUACACGCGCCAAGAAAUAACCUUCUCCGGGUCCGUCAACAUCCAGCAGAUUGGCCAUGCCAUCCUGCAUAUCGACGAAUUCAACGAAGACGUCGUCAUUCCCUUGCCAAACAUAAAAGUCAAAGGUAUUCUCACCGGCUCGCCCUAUCCAGAACUAGACGGGACAUAUUCGAUUGUGUCUACAAGCGGAUAUAUGGCUCAGGUGGACUUUAGUGGGAAGAGCCUUCUCGGUAUUGGUGGUAAGAAGAAUCACCUCAAAGCCGCGGUGUACGGUCCAGACGACCACACGCAUAAGCAUCCAAUUUACACGGCCGAGGGUUCCUGGUCCGAAGCAUUCGAGUUCAAAGACAGUGGCGGCAAGACGUUGGAAACAUACAACGUGGCUGCCGCCCAGCCGGCUGAGUUUCGAACACUGCCGAUGGACCAGCAGGAUCCUUGGGAGAGCAGGAAGGCGUGGCGGGGCGUCAUCGAAGCCGUCCAGACUGGAAAUAUGCAAGGCGUGGCUGAUAGCAAGAGUGCCCUUGAAAAAGCACAGCGUGAGCUMCGCAAGAAGCCUGAGACUAGUGAAGAGACAUGGCAAAGCCUGUUCUUUACGAAGGAGAGCGGGCAUGCGGCAGCCGAAGCCUUGCUGGAAAAGAUAGGCCAACACUUGGACGCGGCGAAGACAUGUGGCGUGUGGCGUUUCCAGCCAGAUUCUCUAGCAACGCUAGAAAGACCUUGGAGGGGUGAAUUGACGCCGCUGGGCUGA